GAGCCCUCGGUUCCAGCUGGAAAACGUCUCCCACGGGGUCAGUGGCCGUAGCGGGGCCGGAGCGAGGACACCGGGACCCAGCCCAGAGGAAUAGUGGUGGGAGCAGCUACUGCUAGGAUCACCAAAUGUUAAAAAGACAGGAUUUUCCAAGACAUUUGGUGGAAAACGACGCUGACACAGCUGUUGUCGGCAGCACUUAGCUUGGAACAGAUAUCCGAAGCCUGGAAUGCCCUGUUGCUUGGGCUCCCGGCGGGGUGCCAGGGGUGAUGCUGGCAGGAUUCAGUGAUCCACGCGGUGCCGUCGCCUCCUCCAUCCCUCCCUCCCCGCAGGUGCUGCCUGCUGUGCUCAGAGGUGUUUUCUCCCUUCUUGCCGUUGGAUGAGAUCCCAUCGGUGGGCACGCGUGUGCCACACAAGCGCUUGGCAUGGCUGUGUCCCCGUGACCAACACGGGACGCCCAAGCAGCGCCAGCGCCCGGGGCCUGGCCGCCGUCAGCCACGGCCCAGCCCUGCCAGCGCCGCUCUGCCUCAGCUGCAGGACGUGUUUGACACCUUGUGCCAAGCCUGGAGGAGGAAGAAGAGGAGGGUGACAUGGUUUCUCUCCCGUGAAGGGGACAUGCCUCCCAGCAGCUGUGCCAGAGGCGUGCGGGGCGGCGGCUUUUCAACACAGCGUGUUUUCCUCCGAGACGAGUCCUCUGGCAGCAGCCAGAGGACAGCUUAAAAGCUGGCCAAGGGUCAUUGUCAAAGGUCCCGCUUUCUCCAAAUAAUGUCACAAACUCUGUGCUCACAUGGAUGCUCUUGCAAGAGGUCCCGGAAACCGGGAAAAUUACCCAGCUCAUAAAACUUGUAGUGAGGAAACCCUCAGCAAAGUGCAGGGUCUCUCUCCCACACCAGCCAUGUGUGUGCAGCCCCCGUGGAGCUGGGACCCGCUCUGGAGGAGAGGCAGCAGCCGCCUGCCAGCACCCCGGGCCGGGGUCUGCAGCAAGUGGGGAAAGAAUCACCAGAGCCCCGGCAGGGCUGCAUCAGCCCCCCCCCACAGGUUUCUUGGGGAGCUCAGAUUCCCACAGAGAAAGCAGAGCAGCGUGGGCUGCCCUCUGCACCACGUCCCCAAGCACCCGUGCCCCGUUGGGAGCGGGUUUAUGCGUGCCCUGGUGCGGGCUGUGCCCUGCAGGGUGCAGGGCUGGCAGAGGGCACCCGGCCGAUGAACCGCCUGGGCGACCCUCACAGAGUCUCCCUACGUGGGAGCCUGCUUUAAUACUUCCUUGCUUGUGGGCUUUUCUGUAUAAAUAGAUCAUGCAGUUCCUGUUUAGGGAAGCUGGCAAACGGCAGAGCGAGGUUUAGUGUUACGGCCCCACGUGAAGGAGGGCGGCCGAGCUGCAGAGACACCCACAGCGCAUUUCCCACGCGGGGUGGACGUGGCCGGAGCCGGGCGGGUCUCUGGGAAGGGCUGGGGCUGGCCCUUCGUGCCGUGGGAGAGGGUCUGAGCUCCGGACACCCGCACACUGUGCAGGGUCCCGGUGUCGCGGCCGCUCCGGUGGGUUGGCUGCUCAGCUCAGCCCCGGCGGGACACGAGGGCCCCGCGCCUCCCGCCGCAGCGUGCCGGGGCCGAGGGAGGGGAUGCACAGCCCACGGUCACCUGCUGCCUCGGGAACGAGCUUCCAGCACAGGCAGCUGCAGCCCUGCCCUGCAGAAGGUGCUGGGAGCAGGUGGGGUCACAGCAUGCGCCGGGGUCGGGCUGUGCUGCGGCAGUGGCACCCACACCGGUGCCGGCACGAACGGGGGACCCAGGCUGGGAACUUCAGUGGGGCUCACCAGGAUCUCUCACGGGAUUCCCGCAAGGAUGUGUGCGCACCAGGACCUCAGGCAGCGCCGUGCACACGGAUGGACGCUGCUCGUGGCCAGCCCUGCCCAGCCCCGGGUGCUGCGGGGCUGUGGAGAGGGGCCGGCAGCUCGGUGCUGGCUGUGAAUCGUCCUGCGUGUUUGCACAAGCGCCGGCGUGGCCAUGGGAGAGGUCAGGGGGCCCGGGGACUUGCGAGCCUGCCGAAGUGGUAUUUGGGGAGGGGGUCCCUGCCCCGCUCCCUGCUGAGAGCUUGAUUAGAUUCUACUCAAUUUACAGCCCUUUGGCUUCCUGGUGUUUUCCUUCAGCCAGCGGGACCUGGUUUCCCUUUGAACGAAAGAGGGUUUUUUGAAAUGCAAAAUGCGUGAAGUUUUGCAGCCCUUCAGAAAGGGGAGGAAGCCGCUGGCCCAUGUGGGCUGUGGGGAGCUGGGGGUCCGUGCCCAGCUCAGGGGGAGCCUCUGUCCCGGUGCCAGCGGCGCACCAGCCCUGCGCUGGAUCCCCGGGGGAUGCCGUGGGUGCUGCGGGCAGGCAGGACAUGCACCCCGCGGGCCCCUGCCCUUUCCCACGGCGCUCUGUGCUCCGCUGUGGUCCGGGGAGGACAGGGAGCCAGAGCUCAACUUGUUUCCCAGCUCUGCCACCGUUCUGUUUCCCAGGAUGAGUCAGAGUCCCUCUCCCUCCGGGGUCAUCGCACUGCCUCUCCCGUCUCUCCCACCCUCCCGGGUGCUUGGAGCAGACGCAUCCCUGCGCUUGGGACACCCGGAGCGUGCUGGCCGUGCUCCUGCCAGCCCGGGGGUCCCCCGCGGGUGCAUAGUCGGUGGCGGGGGGUGAGAGGGACUCAGCUCCCCUGUUCCUGAGCACAACGGGAGAAAUUAGCUAAACCAGCCGAAAAGCACCCUGGGCUCUGUGGCGUGAAUCAGGGCCAUGUGUGGAAACAAGGGAGUCCUUGAGCAUGUGCCUCGGGCCAUCGCGGCAGACUGAGGGGCCGAGCUCACCCCGAGGUGGCUGCAUGUCACCACAAACAACGAGCCCUGUGUGGGCUUGGAGCCGUGCCGUGGGGGCACAGAGGCGCUGCUGCGUCUUCAUGCCACCAUCCCUGCUCACUGAGGUCUUGCUGGAGUCUGGGAAACAGCCACGGAAAAGAGACUGAAGUACCUGGGCCACAAAACACAGGUGGCUGCAGGGAUGAGAGCUCCCUGGGCUUCGUCACAGAGCGGCGGGACAGGCUGCUCUGGACUAGACAAUGCCUCACACUCUUUGGGGCACAACCGUGAGCCCCAGGGGCAGUGGGAGAUCUCUGGGCAAGCAGCAGUGAGGGAGGUGGCUGUGAUGGUCUGCUGGGCUCGGCAAGGUCCUGUGGGAUGCCCGGGUGGGACACCUGGCUCAUCACCUGUCCUGCAGGCUCUGGGUGAUGUGGAUCAGGUCCGGAUGACCUCGGAGGGCUCCGACUGCCGCUGCAAGUGCAUCCUGCGGCCGCUCAGCAAGGACGCCUGCAGCCGCGUCAGGAACGGCAGCGCGCGCGUGGAGGAUUUCUACACCGUGGAGACGGUGAGCUCGGGGGCUGACUGCAAGUGCUCCUGCACCGCGCCCCCCUCCUCACUCAACCCCUGUGAGAAUGAGUGGAAGAUGGAGAAGCUGAAGAAACAGGCCCCUGAGCUAUUCAAGCUGCAGUCCAUGGUGGACCUGCUCGAGGGAACGCUGUACAGCAUGGACCUGAUGAAGGUGCACUCUUACAUCAGCAAGGUGGUGGCACAGAUGAACAUGCUGGAGGAGACCAUCAAGACCAACCUGAGCAGAGAGAAUGACUUCAUGAAGGAGAGCAUCCAGCACCUCACUGACCAGAUGAAACGCUACGAGAACUACUCUGACAUCAUGAUCAGCAUCAAGAAGGAGAUCUCCAACCUGGGCUACCAGCUGCUGCAGAAGGAUGCAGCUGCCAUCCCCGAGAGCAAGGCCCAGGACACAACAGGUGGCAGAGAGAAAGAGGUGGGACGGUACCCCAGCACCCGCAAGGCACUGGGGGACAGGGCAGGCACCCGAGCACCCAAGGAGAAGCCGCUGAAGCCCGAAAAGCCCAAAAAGGAGAACACCAAGGCCAGGGCAGGGUCACAGCCCACAGCCAAGCCCAAGCCCCUGGCGCAGCAGCAGACUGUGGUCCGAGGCAUCACGUACUACAAGGUCGGGCAGGUCGGAGCGGCGGAGGGUCCGGCCGGCAGCCAUGAAGGCCCUGUGAGAGGGGCAGUUGUGUCAGAGCAGCAGGAGGAGAGGGGCCCCCCACCCCCCUCAGCUGAGGGCACCCCAGCCCAAGCUGGUGCACAGACAGAGACCACCGUGUCCAGCACCACGGCCGCACCCAGCACUGCCCUGGCCCCCCGCAGCACCACCCGCAGCCCCCCUGGCCCUGUCCUCGGGCAUGGGGCUGACAGCACCGGGGACCCCGAAACACCAAACAGAGUAAAGGAGGUGGAGUGCGAAGGCACUAUCGAGUCAGUGGAGCCCCCCACGGAGCACCACAGCUACGGGCGCAAUGAGGGGGCCUGGAUGAAGGACCCAGCAGCCAAGGAUGACCGCAUCUACGUCACCAACUACUACUAUGGGAACAGCCUGGUGGAGUUCAGGAGCCUCGACAACUUCAAGCAGGGCCGCUGGAGCAACCUCUAUAAGCUGCCCUACAACUGGAUUGGCACUGGGCACGUGGUGUACAGAGGAGCCUUCUACUACAACCGUGCCUUCACCAAGAACAUCAUCAAGUACGACCUGAAGGAGCGAUACGUGGCAGGCUGGGCGCAGCUCCACGAUGUGGUGUAUGAGGACACGACGCCCUGGAAGUGGAGGGGCCACUCGGACAUCGACUUCGCUGUGGAUGAGAGUGGGCUUUGGGUCAUCUACCCCUCGGUGGACUAUGACUACUCACAGCAGGAGGUGAUCGUCCUCAGCCGACUUGACCCCGUGGACCUCUCGGUGCGCAAGGAAACCACCUGGAAGACGGGUCUGAAGCGCAAUACAUACGGGAACUGCUUCAUCAUCUGUGGCAUCCUCUAUGCUGUGGACACCUACAGCCAAAAGGAAGGGCAGAUCUCCUAUGCCUUUGACACGCACACAGACACGGAGGCAGAGCUCCGACUGCCCUUCCUCAACCACUACUCCUUCACCACGCAGGUCGACUACAACCCCAAGGAGAAGGUGCUCUAUGCCUGGGACAAUGGCCAUCAGAUGACGUACGGGCUCCACUUCGUGGUCUGAGUGCCCGGGCGGGUCCCACUGCACUCCUGCACCCACCCUGUGCCGUGCCUGCCUGGGGCACCCUGACGCAGCCUGGCCCUGGCACCCCAGCUCCAGCCAGGGCUGUGGCAAGAGCCCGGCUUCCACCCCCAAACCUUCCCCAUCUGCUAUGGCCAUCACCCGCAGUGUGCCCACUGUACUGCAGGGCAGGGAGAGCCCAUAAGAGCAGCCCCCAGCAGACACGCCUGUGACAACGUGGCCCCUGGGGCCGUGGCAGCUCGGCCAGCUUCGCCUUCCCAGGGACAGAGAGGAGUCCAGCCCCG